CUGGAAUCAAACGCAUCCUGCGCAGUCAUGUGACGGGUCAUGAGGAAGUAAACAGUGCAUAGAGCAUUCCCGCAGACUCGAAUUAAUGGAAGAAGAAAUGCCUAAAUAAUUCCACAAAACAUCAACUGUUUGGGAGACCUUACUUGGCAUCUUGGUCCUAAUCCAGCAGCUAUGGUGGACUUCCUGGCAGACAACAACUUGUGCGGUCAGGCCGUACUGAGGAUCGUGUCGAGGGGCAAUGCCAUCAUCGCUGAGCUUCUUCGCCUCUCUGACUUCAUCCCUGCGGUCUUCAGGCUCAAGGAUAAGAGCGACCAGCAGAAAUAUGGAGACAUCAUCUGUGACUUCAGCUAUUUCAAGGGUCAGGAGUACUACGAGGGGAAGCUGGAGGCCAAACCGGAACUUCAGGACCUGGACGAAGAGUUCAGGGAGAACAACAUUGAGAUUCUGUCCAGGUUCUAUCUAGCGUUCGAGAGCGUCCACAAAUACAUCGUGGACCUCAACAGAUAUCUGGACGACCUUCACGAGGGGGUGUACAUCCAGCAGACACUGGAGACGGUGCUCCUGAACGAGGACGGGAAACAGCUCCUGUGUGAAGCUCUGUAUCUCUACGGAGUCAUGUUGCUUGUUAUCGACCAGAAAAUCGAGGGAGAGGUCAGAGAGAGGAUGCUGGUGUCCUACUACAGAUACAGUGCUGCUCGAUCCGCCGGCGACUCAAACCUGGACGACAUCUGCAAACUCCUGCGCAGCACCGGGUACUCCAGCCAGCCCGGGGCCAAGCGACCCACCAGCUACCCCGAGACCUACUUCCAGAGAGUUCCCAUCAGCAGCACCUUCAUCAGCAUGGUCGUCGGCCGACUGCGCUCCGACGACAUCUACAACCAAGUCUCCGCCUACCCUCUACCCGAACACCGCAGCACAGCGCUAGCUAACCAGGCUGCCAUGUUGUAUGUCUGCCUCUACUUCAGUCCGUCCAUCCUGCACACGCAACAGGCCAAAAUGAGGGAGAUUGUCGACAAGUACUUUCCUGACAACUGGGUCAUCAGCAUCUACAUGGGGAUCACAGUCAACCUGGUGGAGGCCUGGGAGCCUUACAAAGCUGCCAAGACUGCACUGAACUACACUUUAGACUCUGCUAACGUCAAGGAGCAGUCGACUCGCUACGCCGCCAGCGUGGAGACUCUGAGGCCUCAGGUGCAGCAGCUGCUGAAGGAGGGGUUCCUGCGCGAGGAGAUCGUCCUGGACAACAUCCCCAAACUGCUCAACUGCCUGAGAGACUGCAACGUCACCAUCCGCUGGCUGAUGCUGCACUCUGCCGAGUCAGCCUACGACCUGAACAACAAGCGCCUGCGUCAGAUGAAGGAUCAGGUGCUCAACGACUCCAAGUACAACUCCAAAAUACUCUUCCAGCUGCUGCUCGACACGGCGCAGUUUGAGUUCACGCUGAAAGAGAUGUUCAAGCAGAUGCUGUCAGAGAAGCAGAUCAAGUGGGAGAGCUACAAGAAGGAGGGAUCUGAGAGGAUGACGGAGCUGGCAGAGGUCUUCUCUGGUGUCAAACCGCUGACCAGAGUCGAGAAGAACGAGAACCUCCAAGCUUGGUUCAGAGAAAUCUCCAAGCAGAUCGAGUCCCUGAACUACGAGGACUCGACGGCUGCUGGGAGGAAGACAGUCCAGCUGAUUCAGGCGCUCGUGGAGGUCCAGGAGUUCCACCAGCUGGAGUCCAACCUGCAGGUCUGUCAGUUUCUGGCCGACACCAGAAAGUUCCUGCACCAGAUGAUUCGCACCAUCAACAUCAAGGAGGAGGUGCUCAUCACCAUGCAGAUCGUGGGAGAUCUGUCCUACGCUUGGCAGAUAAUUGACAGCUUCACAUCAAUUAUGCAGGAGAGCAUCCGAGUUAAUCCCUCUAUGGUCACCAAGCUGCGAGCUACUUUUCUGAAGCUGGCGUCUGCGCUGGACCUCCCGCUGCUGCGCAUCAACCAGGCCAACAGCGCCGACCUGCUGAGCGUCUCGCAGUUCUACUCAGGAGAAUUGGUCGCUUAUGUCCGAAAGGUUCUACAGAUCAUCCCAGAGAGCAUGUUCACGAGUCUGGCCAAGAUCAUCAAGCUUCAGAUCCACGACAUCAUGGAGGUCCCCACGCGGCUGGACAAGGACAAGCUCAAGGACUUCUCGCAGCUCAGCGCUCGCUACGAGGUGGCAAAACUGACCCAUGACAUCUCCAUCUUUACUGAGGGCAUCCUGAUGAUGAAGACGACUCUCGUGGGUAUAAUCAAGGUUGACCCGAAGCAACUUUUGGAGGACGGCAUCAGGAAGGAGCUGGUGAAGAGAGUGGCGUACGCUCUGCACAAAGGAUUGAUUUUCAACCCCAAAGCUAAGCCCAGCGAGCUGAUGCCGAAGCUGCGAGAGAUGGGCGCCACCAUGGACGGCUUCUACCGCUCCUUCGAGUACAUCCAGGACUACGUCAGCAUCUACGGCCUGAAAAUCUGGCAGGAGGAAGUGUCCCGCAUCAUCAACUACAAUGUGGAGCAGGAGUGCAACAGCUUCCUGCGGACCAUGAUCCAGGACUGGCAGAGCGUGUACCAGUCCACACACAUCCCCAUUCCCAAGUUCCCGCCUGUGGACGAGUCCGCUACAUUCAUCGGCCGCCUGUGCAGAGAGAUCCUCCGAAUCACUGAUCCCAAGGCCACCUGCUACAUCGACCAGAUGAACACCUGGUACGACCUGAAGAGCCACCAGGAGGUGACCAACAACAGACUCUUCUCAGAGAUCCAAAACACGCUGGGGACAUUUGGGCUGAACGGACUGGACCGCUUGCUGUGCUUCAUGAUUGUCAAGGAGCUGCAGAACUUCCUCACGCUUCAGAAAACCAUCCUGAGGGACAAAGCUGUCGUGGAGGUUUUCAAAGCCAUCUUGGGAGCCGUCAACCCAGUUCAGGGCAUUGUGGCAAACGCCAGCAAAGUGUACUCCAGUGGCGUGGCCAAGACUCAGAAGAUCUGGGGCUCCUAUCUGGAGGCCAUCAUGAAGGUGGGUCAGAUGCAGAUUCUCAGACAACAGAUCACAAAUGAGCUGAACUACUCCUGCAAGUUUGACUCCAAACAUCUGUCUGCCGCGCUGGAGAACCUCAACAAGUCCCUCCUGGCUGACAUCGAAGCUCACUACCAGGACCCCACACUGCCGUACCCCAAGGAGGACAACACACUUCUGUAUGAGAUCACAGCCUACCUGGAAGCUGCAGGGAUACACAACCCACUCAACAAGAUCUACAUCACCACCAAGCGGCUUCCUUACUUCCCCAUCAUCAACUUCCUGUUCGUCAUCGCUCAGCUGCCCAAACUUCAGUACAGUAAAAACCAAGGAAUGACAUGCAGGAAGGCCACGGACCCGGUGGACUGGCCCCCUCUGGUGGUGGGAAUGCUCACACUGCUCAAACAGUUCCACUCCAGAUACACACAGCAGUUUUUGGCCCUCAUCGGCCAGUUCAUCCGCUCCAUCAUGGAACAGUGCACCAGUCAAAAGAUUCCCGACAUGCCGUCUGACGUGGUGGGAGCUCUGAUGUUCCUGGAGGACUAUGUGAAGUACACAAAACUGUCCCGCAAGGUGGUUGAAGCCCAUGUGCCUAGUUUCAUCUUUGAUGAGUUCAGAACGAUACUGUGAAGCCCUGACCCAGCAUUUCAGCAGCUGUAGGGUCCUUGACAUUUUACAUCCUUGACCACACCACUAAUGUCUUAAUAAAUAUUGUAUGUAGAUAGAAAGUUUCAGCAAAUCACUUUUUGUCUUAAUACAUUUGCAAAAUAAAAUGUGCUUA